CGUUAUCAGAGGCUGUAUAGUACGCUACUGUAAGUGUGAGCAGCUGAUAAGCAGGCUUUGUGUACCCACUUCGUACUAAUGAAGUUAAUCAUUUUAAUUUUCUAAGUCAGCCAUAACGAGUAUACGAAUGGACGUACUCUAAACAGUAAAGGAGCGAGUCGGUGCCCCUUUGUGAAUGAUAGCGGUGAUCUCGUCCCCCUUCCUGCAUGCAUGGGUGUGACCCUGUGAAUGUUUACUGAUGGAGAGGCUUGCUGUCAACAACUACAUGCUAAACCAGCACCAGGAUUAUGACCUGCUGGAUACAACGAUGGAAGAAAUACAGAGGUUUCAACAAGACUUUGAUGAUAUUGCAUCAACAUCAGCAUCAGCAACAGCAUUAACAUCAACAACAGCAGCAACAGGAAGAACAAGAACAAAUGCUGUGUGUAUCUUACACCGGGGCAAUGAGAGGACAGCCCAGAAACUUCGAGCCGAGCUUGGACAAAACAGUAUUUGUACAGAAGUAGAGUUGUCUAAUAUUUGCUUUCAAGAACAUGUCAGCUUUAAAGCCGUGUAUCUUAUUGUUGAUUCAAGAAUGGCAGACAAAUUUCAGAAAGAGCGAGUAUUUGAUGCCCUGAUAUGGUUGGACAGUUUUUCUGAUCUUGGGAAGCCUAUAUAUGUCAUAGAUGAUAUUAAAGAUGAGAGGAAAUUCAAUACAACAUUUUAUCGCCUACCCGAAUCAGCGAGGAAAUACCACUGGCAAACUGGAAACAACACUUUAAUUAACACUGUUGUCCAGAUUGGCUUGGAAAAUGAGUGCACUCUCCAGAUGGAUGAUCUUGGAUGUAAUCUUAUUACACAGAUCGGGGAGUCCACAAAUAUCACCAACAUCCAUAUUGGAGAUAUCACAUCUGGAAAUACAGCGAAAAUAACCAUCACUUCCAUCGGACAGGAUCCUGACACAGAGAGGCGACUCUUCAAAGUUUUCAAGGAUAAUCAGUGUAUCAUCAACAGUUAUCUCCCCCUGCAAGGUGCUCUUGUAACUUCUGUGGAAGAAGGCUCUAUAAUCCUCAACCUCAAGCUGGACUCAAACAUCAACGUGCAAGAGUUUCUUCACCACAGACUGCAGGAGAUUCUCACUUGCCUGUUAAACAAGGAUCUGCUGACUAUUGUGAAGGAUCAACUGAGGCUUCAUAUCCAUGUGGAAAGUCAGCUCUCGGUUGAUGUGCAGGAUGUCAUGUCUGGACAUACGGGACAACCUGCUGCCAUUAACCCCAAAACCUUUACAGAAAAAGAGAUUCAGACUAAGCUGACUUGGGUCAAGUCAAAUCCAAAAGUCAUUGACAUCACAUCUCCUUGUACCAGUACCACUUUUCCGUCACCAGAAAUGUCAACCAAAGACAUAUCAAGAGCAAAACCGAUGGAUGUCACUUCUACAAGUAAAAUAGCUUCUCUUUCACGCACACCAUCAAAGUCAGAUGAUGACACUGCAAAAAUAUUGACCUCCCCCAAGCACAGAACUCAAACCACAUUAGACAAUUAUGUUGGGAAUUCACCUUUAAGAAGUUCAAGUCAGUCUGAUCUUGACCUUGGUCAAAAGAAGUCUACAAUGUUCCCACCAUCAACAUCAGGAUUUUCACUGGAGAAAGGAACUGUUUCUUCUGCUAAAGACAACCCACAAGCAGCGAAAAGAACAAAAAAGAUUAAGGCUUGCCAUAAAUUAUUCAAAGGGCAACUUCCAUAUUUUGAAAGACCACAAACCAAGACAAGUGGCUACUUUAAGAUAGCAAACAUCCAUGACUUUAAGGAAUCGGUACAGUUUCUACCCUUCUAUGUUGGCAAGUCAGAUGAUAUAGGUGGCCGACUUGACCAACUUUUCAAAAGUCAACCAGACACCGUUCCCAGUUCUACUUCUCCAUCGUCCAUUGAGGCACAUCUGGCAAGUUUGAAGCCAGAGGAAUACGACAAAAUCUCAGUCUUCUGGGUGGACAGAACAAAAGACAAACACCAGUGCAAGGGGUGCUCUAUGCUUGACUGUCUGAUCAGGGAAUCGGGUGCUCCUCCGGAUAUCAUAGACAAAGAUGAGGAGUGGUCGGAAGGGGAAGAAACAGAAGAGAAAAAUACUGCCAGGAAAGUCAUUUUUCCCGGGACAAAGUUUUCAUCAUCUCAUACGAAGCAUGGAUCCUCUCCUGCUCUGAAGGUGGUCAAGACACCUCGGCAAUACAGACCUGUGGCCAGGACAAAGAAGGAUGUUAAACAUCCAGAGUCGGCAUUCAGAAUCAUGGCCCCUGAAUUCAUUCCAGGUUCAGAGUGCAGUCCAAGAAGCACAUCAUCGGGAUACAAGACCUCAGAUUCACGGACUGCAUACAGUGAGAAGAGGAUACCAUGUGACACUAAUCCAACAGAUGUGCCACUCAAAUUGAAGAAACCGAAAAUAGAGAGGGAGUGGUCCCCUUGAAAUCAAUAAGCAUCUAUUGCAGAAUGCAUAUAAAAGUUUCAAGGAAUAUCAAUGCAUGUUAUUUUAUGCCACAGUCAUCAAUAUUCCAACUGUAUUAAGUGGCUGGUAAAUAGUCAAGUCUGGGAAGUUUACCAAGUGGUUGACAGCAUGAGCAAUUAAUCCAACCAUCAGGGUAUUGUUGACAGACAAACAGCCAGGUCACAUGGUGACCACCUGAUCAGCUAGUCAGCUGUUAAGUGAUGGACUAAGUGCGUGUGGUGUUACAACGCUUUCAGCAAUGUUCCAGGACAAUCACAGCAGGGGACACCGGAAAUGGACUUCACACAGUGGAUCCACAUGGGGAGCUAAAGCCAGACUUCAAUGUGACGGGUGAACGCUUUAACCACUGGUUACUGCACCGUCCCUUGGCUCUUGGCUACCCCACCGUCCCUCGGUUCUUAUCAUAAUGACAAGGUACUUGGCACCUGUGUAUCAUGCCCUGGAAUUCCACAGAGAAACAAGAUGUUUUUAUCCCCCGCCCCAACGAAGUUGGCGGGGGAUAUAGAAAUAGGUUCCGUCCGUGUGUGUGUGUGUGUGUGUGUGCAUGUGUGUGUGCGUGUGUGUGUGUGUGCAUCCCGAAAUCGUUUCCGGAGCAUAACU